GCCGGGGCAGCGCCGGGCCCGGCCCGCUCCGUAACGCGCCGUGCGCUUUUCCUCCUGCCCCUCCCAGCUGGCCAAAGACCUGGCGCAUCCCUCCCUAGAGGAUGAGAAGAGGAAGCACAAAAAGAAACGUCUUGUGCAGAGCCCGAACUCCUACUUCAUGGAUGUAAAAUGUCCAGGAUGCUACAAGAUCACCACUGUCUUCAGCCAUGCUCAGACAGUAGUUCUGUGUGUAGGGUGCUCAACUGUCCUGUGCCAGCCAACUGGGGGCAAAGCCAGGCUCACAGAAGGCUGUUCAUUUAGAAGAAAGCAACACUGAACAGUUCAGCAUGUGAUUUUUGGAUCUGUGUUCCUGAAAGCCUUACCAGUUUAAAAAUGCCUGUUACAACAACAAUGUAAUUAUGAUUGAUUUUGUACAAAUUACAUGCUACAGCUGACUAAUCUGCUGGAAUCUCUUUUUCAAUAAAUGAUCUGAAGUGCAAGCUCUUCCUGUAAGUUUGCAGACAACCGAGCUCUAUUUUUAUAAGUUUGUGUGAACAGUAAAAACCUUGGACUUCCUGCAUCCUUGCCUUGCUAAUCAUAAACUAGCAGUGUAAUGCAUAUAGUGACAGAAACUGCUUUAAAAGUGCAUUUUGUGUAUUUUAUUACUGCAGCUACCAUAACCGCAAGGCUUGCAGAAGCUAGAUAAGCUUUUAAAUGGCUCAUUUGCUUUCAAUGUUGCUGUAGUCCCUCCCCUCUCUUGGGUAAUUUGGUGAUAAAUAAAAAUGAAAAGUUACUCA